AUGGCGGCGCGUUUUGAUGUUAUGGAUGGCAUUGAGGAAGAUUUGUUAUACCUCGACCAUUUAAAUCGUGACCGAAAUCGUGUUGGAGUGAUUGUGGAAAGGGGAAACCCUUUUGAAGAUUAUGGUGACAGGAAGUUUGAAGAGAGAUUUCGUCUGUCAAAAGAAACAGUGUGGUGGUUAUUAAAUCAAAUUGAUAGGGCAUAUGCAACAGGUGCAUUCAACAUUCUUACUGGGGACAACAGUAAUAUACAUCGUACAACAGCACAACGAAUCAUCAGUGAUGUAUCAGACAUCAUAGCAUCACUGUCUCCUCGCUUUAUAAAAUUUCCAACAAGAGAAGAAGGUACCUUGGAUUGUACCCAUAUAAGAAUUCAGUCUCCUGGAGGACAUAAUAAUGAACUUUUCCGCAAUAGGAAAUCAUAUUUUUCCUUUAACUGUCAAACCAUUAGUGAUCACAAUUUGUUAAUAAGAGAUAUCGUCGCUCGAUGGCCGGGCUCUGUGCACGAC